AUGGUCGGCGAUGCUGUUGAGAACUCUCAGCAGCCCUCGAUGACUGUCAUGUGCGGGGAGAUCGAAGCGCCGCUGCACAGUGAUCAAAUAAUUAGCCUUCUCCAAGCAACGCAGCGCCCAACGACGUGGUUGGUGCAGGUGGUGGUGGAGCUGCGUCCAACGAACCUCCCUUUUCGUUCUAUAGCUGGUGUUAGUUGCAUACCUAUAGUAGAUGACGGUGAUUUCUUGAUGGAUAUAUACUAUGGAAGUGAUAUCACUGCUUUGGCGAAAGACAGUGCGUAUGCACAGAUUCCUCUCGAUGACUUGAAUGUUCAUCAGGUACUUGCUUAG